GACCUCUGACCCGCCACCCUUCAGCCGGGGCCGCAGCCGCGGCGGCCGCCGCAGCCCCGAAGGCCGCGUCCCGCCACCAUGGCCAAAUACCUAGCUCAGAUCAUCGUGAUGGGGGUGCAGGUGGUUGGAAGGGCCUUUGCCCGGGCACUGCGGCAGGAAUUUGCAGCCAGCCGGGCAGCAGCAGAUGCUCGUGGGCGAGCCGGUCAUCAGUCUGCAGCUGCAUCCAGCCUUUCUGGACUUAGCCUCCAGGAAGCCCAGCAGAUCCUCAAUGUCUCCAAGCUGAGCCGAGAGGAAAUCCAAAAGAACUUUGACCAUUUAUUUAAGGUAAAUGAUAAAUCUGUGGGUGGCUCCUUCUACCUGCAGUCAAAGGUGGUACGAGCUAAGGAACGGCUAGAUGAAGAGCUCAAAAUCCAGGCCCAGGACGAGAGUGAGAGAGGGCAGCAGCCCAAAACGUGACCUCCUAUCCUUGCCUAUCUUUGCCUCAGUGUGAAUUAUUUAUAGCUCGGUAAUAAAUGUCUUUUCUGCA